UCCCAGUUCUGAAUUCCCCCUAGUUAUUUUCGUGUUUUAACUGAUUUGUCAUGUUAUUGUCUGUCUUUAGCUACCAGUUACACUGUAAAUGAUUAAAGUAGGUGUUAAAAACAAGUCAGAUUUGAACUGAAACAGUGUUAUAUCUGUAUAUUGUUCCUCCCACAGUGAAGUUCCGCAUCGUCUCCCUGGAUACCAAUUUCCUCACCUACGAACAGACGUUUCCAACGAUAGAAGUGCAGGAUCCGAACUCACACCGUAUCGGUCAGUGGAUGAACGUCGCCACGUCCAGCGGUCUGGUGGAUCUGUCGUAUCCCUUAAACUGUGAGGCCACAAAUGGAGUUUAUAUCAUCACUGUAUGGGACGAAAGAUACAAAGAGUUCACACAAACGUUUGAAGUUAAAGAUUACGUUCUGCCGACAUUUGAAGUUACAGUAGAGCUUCCUCCAGUCAUUACCAUCCUGGACACCAAAGCUACGCUGAAAGUUUGUGCAAAAUGUUCAUACGGGAAGCCGGUCAGGGGGACAGUGAACACAACAGUCUGCCAUAACAGUUACACAACACCAGACAUCUGCAAGAACUACACAAUGACGACUGACGAGACUGGCUGCGGAACAGAAAUCAUUGAUCUGACAGAAUAUGCAUUAAGUGAUUCACGCUAUGAAGCUUCAAUAACAGCUCACAGUGAAGUGGAGGAAAACGACACCGGUGUGAUUCUGACUGGCUCAGGCAGUUCUACUGUAACAACUCAUAUCGCCUCGCUUUCAUUUGAGGAUUCACCAACGAUAUUUAAGCCCAGAAUGACAUACGAAGGGAAGAUUAAAGUAAUCUGUGCACAAUCCACACCUAUAAAAAGAAAAGUAGUUUAUCUGACUGUGACUUACGCUGGUCAUAAAAGUUCUGUUCUGAAGCUGCUUACGAAUCACAAAGGCACUGCGAAAUUUUCCCUGGACACCGAACCAUGGGGUCUGGAGCGAGUCUCCCUUGAGGCCCAGUAUGAAAUGGGAAACAGAUCAGAAGAUACAGACAAUCAGCUCACACCACAAAACCCCACAGCAAACCUCUGGCUUCAGCCUUUCUACUCCAAGAGCCAAAGCUUUAUUAAACUGAGGAGAUGCUCAAUAACCUUCAGGUGUAAUAGAAAAGCUGUCAUCAGGGCUCAGUACAUGAUCCACAGCACAAUCCCACCACACCAGGAGACCAUGACCUUCUUCUACAUGGUGAUGAAUAAAGGACAUCUGGUGCAGCAAGGACGUAUCACGAAAGCCAUCAACCCUGGAACAGAGCACAAGGGCAAAUUAGUUCUUACAUUGGAGAACAUGUUGGAGGUGUCUCCGGUCGCUCAGGUGGUCCUUUACACCGUCCUUCCCAGUGGUGAGGUCUUGGCAGACAGCAUGAACUACCCUGUUAAGCCGUGUCUUGUAAAUAAGGUGUCUCUCGACUUUUCACCUUCUACGGAGCUUCCUGGUGACCAGGUGUCACUGAUGCUGAAAGCCGCUCCAGGUUCCCUGUGUUCAGUAAAGGCAAUAGAUAAGAGUCUUCUGCUGCUGCAACCAGAGAAGGCGCUCAGCAUCCAAUCUGUGUUCAACAUGCUGCCCGUACAAACACUCUCAGGAUAUCCACACAGCAUCUAUGAAGAGGAUUCAAGCCCAUGCUGGGAAAACCCACCCAUCUGGAACAUCCCGUACGCAGCAGAAACGUCUAAAUCUCUCAGUUAUUUACUGAACGUUGGGAAGGUGGAUGUGUACAACACCUUUAAAGGUAUCGGAGUCAAAGUCCUCACGAAUGCAGAAAUACAGAAGCCUUCAGAUUGUUUGAACAGUUUGUGGCAUAUCACCGAUACAGAAUCCAAGGAAGCACCAGAUGUCCUGAACAAAGGAACGACUUCAGCUGACUCGAGUCGACCGGUCGUUACAAUCCACAAAUAUUUCCCAGAGACGUGGAUCUGGGAUCUCGUUCCAGUCAGUCAGUCUGGAGUGACAGCCAUUAAUAAAACAGUCCCAGACUCCAUCACUACAUGGCAGGCCGAUGCAUUUUGUACAUCACCUGUGGGGUUUGGAGUCGCCCCGAAAACUGAGCUUAUUGCCUUCCAGCCUUUCUUUGUGAGCCUCACCAUGCCCAGCUCUGUCAUCCGAGGAGAAGUGUUCACACUCAAAGCCACCAUCUUCAACUACCUCAAAAGCUGUAUGAUGGUACAGGUGACUUUGGAGGACUCGCAACAAUUCUCAGCGGACGAUUGUGAAGACUGUAGUUAUACACAAUGUGUGUGUGCUGAUGAGAGCUGGACCGUCUCCUCGACCAUCAUGCCGCUGGUCCUGGGUGAGAUAAGCUUCAAUGUGACAGCGGAGGCCGUGCAGUCGUCGACUCUGUGUGGGAAGAAUGCAGUUAUUGUCCCAGAGAAAGGACACAUCGAUACGGUCAUUAAAACACUGCUAGUGCUGGCUGAAGGAACCAAACAGUAUAAAAGCUACAAUGAACGUCUCUGUCCAUCAGGUCAGACACACACCUCGUUCUCACCCACAGACCUUAUUUAUUACGGUGAAGAAUACGACGUUACAGAGAAGACAGUCUCAAUAACCCUGCCUGAGGAAUUUGUAGAAGGUUCAGCCAUAGCCUCGGUCUCUGUGCUCGGAGAUCCGAUGGGCCGAGCUCUACAGAACCUGGCGAGUCUCCUGGCGAUGCCGUACGGCUGCGGAGAGCAGAACAUGCUACGCUUCGCCCCUGACAUCUUCAUCCUGCAGUACCUGGAGAGCACCAACCAACUCACUCCUGAGAUCCUGAGCACAGCUCAGACCUACCUCGUCAAAGGAUACCAGAGAGAGCUGAACUACAUACACAAUGAUGGAUCUUACAGCGCUUUCGGGACAAGCGAUGCGUCAGGAAACACAUGGCUGACGGCGUUCGUGAUGAAGUCAUUCGGAAAUGCGAAGAGAUACAUCUUCAUAGAUCAGGUGUUUGUGGACCAGGCGAAGUCCUGGCUCGGGCAACAUCAGCAGGAAAACGGAUGCUUUGCCUCAGUGGGACAACUUAUUCACACCGACAUGGAGGGAGGAGUGAAUGAUGAAUUGACCCUCUCAGCGUACAUCACGGCUGCGAUGCUGGAACUCAACUAUACAGUUACAGACCCUGUGGUGGACAACAGUCUUACAUGCCUGAGGAACGCGUACACUCACAUGAACUCCAACUACGCCAAGGCUCUCCUCUUCUACACCUUCACCCUGGCUGGAGAUCAGGGGAUGAGGAACACACUUAUCUCAGACCUGGAUGCAGAGGCCAUAGUCUCAGGUGGUGGACGUCACUGGAGCAGAGUGAGCGAUGGAUCAGUGACGGACUCUUUGGAAGUAGAGAUGACCUCGUAUGUGCUUCUGGCUCUGAUGUCUGGACCCGAGCUGCCCGGGUUUGAUCUGGAUUACAGCUCCAGUAUCGUCCACUGGCUUUCUCAGCAGCAGAACGCCUUCGGAGGCUUCGUGUCUACACAGGACACUGUCGUGGCUCUUCAGGCUCUGACCAAGUACAGCUAUGCCACCUACAGUCCAGCAGAGACUGUUACAGUUACUAUAACCUCACCAUCAGGGCUGAUUAACACCUUCACCAUCAAUCAGAGUAACAGACUGCUGUAUCAGGAGAGUGAGCUGCAGGAGGUUCCUGGAGAUUAUAACGUUAAAGCAGAAGGGAGCGGCUGUGUGUACGUGCAGUUUAAUUUGCACUACAACAUUCCUUCUCCUUCUGAUGACUCGUCAUUCACCAUCUCAGCCUCAGCACCUGGAAACUGCAGGGACCCAAAUCCGUCUCUGGACGUGAUCAUUACUGUCAUAUACAACGGCGAACGUUUGAAGACCAACAUGGUAGUCAUUGAUGUCAAGCCUCUGUCUGGGUUCAGUGUGGACGCGACGUCGGUGCAGCUCGUCCACUGCAACACAAAUACAACUGACGGAACGGUGAAACGUGUGGAUCAAAGCAAGGGCAACACAAUCAUCUAUGUGAAUGGACUGAUACAUGGUGAGGAGAAGGUGUACACCGUGACGCUCAUGCAGGACCUUCCAGUCGAGAACCUGAAACCAGCGGUUGUGGAGGUUUAUGACUACUAUGAGACCGGUGAGAGAGCUUCAGCUGGUUACAUCUCUCCAUGUCGACUUCAGUGAGAGUCUGUACCUGAUCUCCAUUAAAGCCAAACAACAGCUUUUCCCACGUUGGCGUUAUUUUUAAGAGAAUUCUUUGAGUAGCUUCCAAUUAUCAUAUCAAGUCUUUCCAUUUCACAAAAGUUCAGUAAAGUAUGAAUAAUGUUUAAUUUUUUAAAAUAUAUAAUGUGUUUAUAUUGUGUAAUGUCACCCUAAAUCUAAAUCUGCUAAACAAUUCAAAUAAUUAAAAUUACAUAAUCCACAUGCUAUGAGCUAACAAAGAAAAAGAACAUUAUAAUUAAAUGUGCCAAUAAAGGUUUCAUCUGCA